AUGCCAAUUGACAAUAUGAUUAUUGUUGAUAAGGUCCUCCGCGUUUUUACGUGCGGUGCAAAUUCGAGAAACAGCCCUCGUCCAGACUGGGAAUAUGCAAUUAGGGAUAACAGAGUAUUGAUACCCCGUAUUUUACUCGAAACAGGGAUGAAUGACAUGAUCUCUUCCUUAUCAGUCACCACUACUCCUGAGAUGGCACCUUUCAAGCAACCGGGUAGAUCUUUGAAACUGGAUGUCGGAACUCCUGGGAGGCUUGAUACCCUCCGUUUUGUUACAGACUUGGAACGUGAACACCCGUUGGUAGAUGAUGAUAUUGAAAUUGAAGUCAAGGGCGUCAGCCUUAAUUUCAAGGAUGUUAUGAUCGCCAUGGGUCAGCUUUAUGAACCCGCACUUGGCUUGGAUUGUAGUGGUAUUGUCAGCCGAGUCGGCCCCGCUGCUACUAAAUUCAAACCCGGGGAUAGGGUAAUGACCUGGAAAGUUGGGACGUUUCGAACCUACACCCGCGCGUCAGAGUCGAUGUGUCAGUUGAUCCCCGAACACAUGAGCUUCAGGAUAGCUGCAUCCCUACCGAUUGUGUAUACUACGGCCUAUCACGCUCUUUUUAAUGUCGCUCGCCUUGAGAAGGGGGAGACUAUUUUGAUUCACGGCGGAGCUGGUGGCGUUGGUCAAGCCGCAAUUGUUCUAUCCCAGUUCAUAGGGGCCAAAGUUCUCGUGACAGUUUCCAAUGGAACUAAAAAGGAUCUACUUCAGGGCAAGUAUGACAUCUCGGAAGAUUGUAUUUUUAACAGCAGGAGCGACAGCUUUGCUAAGGGAGUCAUGCGAAUGACAAACCAGCGAGGUGUGGAUGUGGUCCUCAAUUCUCUUGCUGGUGAGGCGCUACAACAAUCUUGGAACUGCAUUGCCCGGGACGUUCAAAAUACCGGCCUUAAUAUGGCGCCGUUUAUCCGUAACGUAUCCUUCCACUCAAUCAACUUACUUGACAUCCUCGCAUAUAAACCAAUAAAAGCGGCAAAGAUCUUCCAGGCAGUAAUGGAGCUGGUCAGGCAGAAUGUGGUCAAACCUCUCGAGCCAACGGUCUUCAUGCCUUUUAGCCGGAUCGAGGAGUCUUUUCGUAUGAUGCAAACCGGCAAGCAUAUGGGCAAAAUUGUUCUUGAGCCAACCGGCCAUGACAUCGUCCCUGUGCUUCCCCGAGGCCUAAAACCGUAUAGAUUUCGCAGCAACGCGACAUACCUACUAAGCGGCGGCUUAGGCGGAAUUGGCAGGAGCAUAGCGCUGUGGAUGUCCAACAACGGCGCUAAAAACAUUGUGUUCUUGUCACGGUCAGGAUCGAAGAAGCCAGAGGCACAGGAAGUGAUGGACCACCUAGUCAAGCGGGGCGUUAAGGUAGCUGUCUAUAACUGCGAUGUCGCUGAUGCACAACAAGUGGAGAAAGCAAUUCGGCAAUGCGGAAUGACCUUUCCACCGAUAAAAGGUGCAGUGCAGGGAGCUAUGGUCUUGAGGGAUGCUGUUUAUGAGAACUGUACCCAUGAACAAUGGAUGGGUGCAAUCCGUCCAAAGGUCCAUGGAAGCUGGAACUUGCACAAAUACCUUCCAAAAGAUAUGGACUUUUUUGUUAUGCUAUCCUCCAGUGCUGGCAUAGUUGGGUCUAGAGGUCAAGGCAACUACUCUGCUGGUAAUACAUAUCAAGAUGCGCUAGCAUAUCAUCGAAGACUGCAAGGCCAAUGUGGCUCAUCUAUUGACUUGGGACUUAUCCUUGGUGUUGGGUUUGUGGCACAGAACAAGGAACAACGUAUCACGGGCAACCUACAAACCUGGAACUUUGUGGGUAUUGUUGAGAAAGAGUUGCACGCCUUACUUCAAUGUGCCAUCACAGGUGAGAACGCCAUUGGUAAUCGCAUCCCUCCCCAGAUGGUUACUGGACUUGGAACAGGUGGUAUGGCCAAUUUUGCAAGGGAAAAGUUUCCCUGGUGGUUCGCUGAUGCCAAAUUUACACACCUUAAACAUGUCGACAUCCACAAAACCACAGCAGAUCAGGGCUCAGGCACUGUCCAACUACAGUCACUUCUAGCACAAGUUACAUCUGUCAACGAUGCGGCAAAGCAUGUAACUGAAGCGCUAGUGCAGAAAUUGGCUAGAAGCAUGAUGGUCGAGGCUGAGAAUAUUGACUCCGGAAAACCAAUCAGCAGUUACGGGGUGGACAGCUUACUCGCUGUUGAGAUUAGAAGCUGGCUAUUCACCGAAGUUCAGGCUGACAUCAGUGUGUUUGAACUUUUGAGCAAUGUGCCGAUCACUACACUUGCUGGCAAUUUGGUUAUGAAGUCAAAAUGCGUUCCACGGGCUGUUAUUCAACAAGGAUAA